AUGCCCCGCAGUAGCUUCUCUCGAAACCCCCUGCUAAGGGUAUCUCGCCCAGUAUCGGCCUGCUCGCGAUGUCGAUCGGCCAAAGUCAAGUGCGAUGGAAAGCUUCCGGCUUGCACAGCCUGCGAAAAGGCCGGCAGGGAAAGCGAAUGCUCGGCCGCUAACGAUCAGUUUGCUAGAGGCAAAGAGAGAAGUUACGUGGCCGCGCUCGAACUGCGCGUCGAGAAGCUCGAGCGCCGUCUCCAAUUCGCAAAGUCGCGCAAAGCCUCUGUGGCUAAUCACGAACACGAGGUGCCUUUUAUGCAUGAAAUGAAUCGCAAAGAUUCGCUAGCCCUUAUCAAAGCCGCAAUUCAUCGCAAGGCUGCCAGAAAUCGCGAAAACUCAGACGUCAAUUCUCUUAUAUCCGACUUCGGUUACAUGUCUGUAAAUGCCGUAGCUAGAGACUUCGAGCCAGACUCCUUCAAUGUGACGUUCGCCGGUCUCGUUCUUACUGCGACUAUGAAUAAUGCGCUCCCCGCGUCCACGGAGCCAGACCUCCCUCCGAAACAAGUCACCCACUCGAUUGUGCAAUACUUUAUGACACACAUCUACACGCUGUUUCCAUGCUUCUCCGAAACGGCGUUGUUGACGGUCAUCGGCGAUCUCUACCAAGAAGACUUCCGUGUGAUACGUGACUCCGACUACUGGCUCGUGUACAUGGUUCUCGCCAUAGGCUACACUGCCCAGAGCCACCAGAUCAACGACACAAACUACGAAUGUGGCGUGGAAUACAUUGUCAAAGCGUUGAAAUACGCAGACCAGGCUCUCAUACCUGGCAGCGGCACACAAAUUCAGUCUCUGUUGCUUCUAACAAUUUAUUCCCUACUCGACCCGGCUCAUUUUGAUAGCUGGCAUCUUCUUGGCUUUACUGCUAGAGCCUGCAUCGACUUGGGAUUCCAUCAAGACCCUCCCACAUCUUCUUCCUCUGACCGCACAGCGCUUGAUAUCCGUCGCCGAAUCUUUUACUCCGUGUACGCUCUGGACCGCGCCAUCAGCAUGGUACACGCGCGCACAUUUUCUUUCACCGACGAUUCCAUCAAUGUGGCUUUCCCGGCCAGCCUGUCGCAGCAGCGAAAGCACUCCCUUUCGUCCGGCUCCAUCGGGGCUCCCCAGUCCACAGAUCCAGCCUUGCUGCUAUUCCAGCUCCGCCGUGCCCAGUCAUUUUGGUAUCAGGAACUAUAUCAGUCGGACCCAACACCCCUGGCCGACCCUACCACGUUCCUUUGGCAAAUGUGUCUCGACAUGCGCGAAUGGGGCGAAAGCCUGCCGGACUCCCUGCCCCUGGGAAUUCGUCGCAUGUUUGAGCAGGAGCUUCGGUACAGCUAUGUGUACUGUAUAGCCCCCUCGGUUCGGGCACCACAGAUUACAGAUUACUCUCGCACACUCAUCUUUGAGUAUUCGCUCGAGUACCUCAACAUUAUGCUCGAGAUUGCCCGCACAGGACUCAAUACCGCGUUUUACACAUACCACGAUGCCUUGAAGGUGUAUUUUAUGGGAAAUCAGCUUUUGGCCGUGCUACGUGAUGCCGAAGACGUGCUCUUGUCCGGACGGCCUGUGCCAGCGCCUCAGCAACGGCCAGGCUGCCCGCCCGCGCCACCCAUCCCGCGACGCACCGUAAUGCCCGCCAACAACGCCAAUGAUGCGCUGGAACGCAGCCUGUGGUGUCUCGAGCGGCGGCCUACUCGAUACAGGAACUUACUUUAUUGGACAAUACGAGUGAAAUAUACAAUACGAUUUGUCCCCAUUGCAGGCCAAACCUGGCCAAAUAAAAAACGCAAGAGCAGGCAAAAUAGGCAGAAAAGAACAAUGAAAUGGGUCUUUGCACGCCUCUCUCCGUGUUUCGACCCCCAGGAAUCAAUCCAUUCCAUCCAACCCUUUCCUUACCCCAAUAACACCCAUUUGUUUAGACGCCAAAAAUAA